AUGCAGGCCUUUGCUGAGCAUCGUGGACAGACAGAUAAAGCCGUCAUCCAGGACCACCGAGCUUCAUGGGACUACGAGAAAGUUCUUCCCGUCAGACUUACUGUGGACCGAAAUCAGAUGCUCCAGGAAUGCGAAAUCCAUUUCGAGAUUUUUCAAGAGUUUAACACCGGUGGUCGCGGGGAUAAGCAUCUUCUAGGAAAUGUUCGACUGAAUCUUGCGGAGUACGUAGAGAAGAAUGAGGAUGGCGAAGGAGUCACUAGGCGGUAUUUGAUGCAGGACAGCAAAAUCAACGGCACCUUGAAGGUUGGGAUUGUGAUGCAUCAGGUCGAGGGAGAUACCAACUUUAUCACACCCCCUCUCAAAACUGCCAUGGUAUUUGGUGGGAUUGGAGGUUUUAUAUCCGCGGAACAGGGCGACUUGCAAAACUCGUCCAGUAUUCCCUCUAUUAAUAGCUGGAGCCGAGAAGCUGGCGACCUGCAGGACAUGUACCGCCGUUCACUAGCUGCCUCUUGGGCGUGUCGAGCUGGCGAACUCUCUCCUGAUCGUUUGAUCGAAGAUAUUUUCGCGGGAGGUGACGGCUGGGAAACAGGUGGCCCCAGUUUAAGGCUAGACGAUGAUAAUGAAGACAGGAGGUCCUUUAGUGAUGCCGACUCCCGACGGACAAUUCGUGACGGCACGGAUGAUGGGAGGUCUAAAUUAUCCUAUGGAAGGCAUCAAAGAGGCCUCAGUAAAAAUAAAGAAAACCUGGAACAUUCCGGAUAUGGGAUCCGAGAAAGAACGGGGAGAACCAGGGAAGUUUCUGAGUUCGACCUUCGUGAAGAUCUGAGGAGCUGGGAGAUUUUUUCCCCUCAGUCACUAACCAGCACCACUUUUGUGGCCUGA